AAAGUCAAACUUCUAAAUGAUGUAGAUCUGUGACUUUGGAGUUUGAAUUUACAUUUGGAACAUUCAGCAAAAUCACACCGUAAAAAAAUGUCACUUUGCAGUAUCAGUGUCACGUGACUGAUGUCCGUUAACUUGAUUGGGCGGACGUCGGAUGGACUCGCUUAUCCGGAUGUUUUCACUUUUGGUUGUUUUUUUUUUGCCAUCUGAGUUUGAUUUUACACCGGAUUAUUUUUUUUAGAUGUUGAUUUUUUUUUUUUUUUUUUUUCCGAUGGUUUCAAAAUUCAAAGUUUGAUUUUAAUGCGAAGAAAUAAUGUGAAAUUCUAAGUCACAUAUGGCAAAGAUAUAGUUAAAAAUGUAAUAAAAUUUUGACAUUUUUUGAUUAUAGCUUACAGCGAACAAAAAAAAAAAAAAUCAUCAUCAUCUCAAGAAAUUCCUGUUUGAUGAAUCCGUACGAGUUUCACUUUUCAACUUUUCGACGUGUACAUUGCACAUGCCGAAAAUAUAAGUUGUCAACGAGUCCGCAUGUGGAAGUAGUUCGGUCAUCCUCAACUACAUCAGCAACAGCUAUUCUUUUAUGAGUGUAACUACUUUCUACCUCAAAUCCAUUUUCUUGAGGCUAUAUUCGGGUCUACCCUUUAUUGACGGUCCCUGGACUGGUCGGUUGCCCGUAGCGACCGAGGUAAACAUGACCUACAAACCGAGGUUGGAGUUGUUUUGUGAUACGAGCGCUCGUUGCUUCGUACCUCGGUCACUUGUCAGCGCUGAACGAGACGUCAGGCGGCCGACGCUAUAGCUUAUCUUUCGCGUCAAUUGUUAUCAAAUCAUAAACGUCAUUUAUGUCAUCGGGAUUUAAAUUCCUUUGAUGCGACCUGGACCUCAAAAACAUUUUAUUUUGUGUGUGUGAGAUCAUUAGUCACGUGUUUGUGUGACUGCGACAUUGUCACGAGGAUCGAAGAACCCGCCGUGGCGUGGAAUUACAACGCGUUAAUAUCCGGCUACGACUUAUUUGCUUCAUUUAUCGCUUUAUUUUCCAUUUGUACUCCUAAAGAAAACAACCAAACCUCCCGACCAAGCAUUCGACGUUGCAAUGUGCAGCGAGUACUACGACAAGCUUGAAAUCAACAGAAAUGCGACAGACGCAGACAUCAAAAAGGCGUAUCGACGUCUGUCACUCAAGUUUCAUCCGAGCAGCAACAAACAACCUGAAAGUGCUGAGAAAUUUUACCAGCUGGGUGAAGCCUACGAUGUUUUGAGUGACCCUCGCAAAAAGGCAACGUACGACAAGUUUGGAGUGGAGGGCCUGAAAGGCGGAAUCCCUUACGAGUUCGGCAGCGGCGGCGCUUGGUCGUCCAAAUACGUCUACCACGGCAAUCCAGACAAAACCUUCCGACAGUUUUUCGGCAGUGACAACCCGUUUGCAGACUUCUACACCAACGACAUCCCCCUGCUGCUGGGCGGCCUGCUCCCAGAGGAGGUCAAGACGCAAGAUCCCCCCAUCGAGAGAGAUCUUCAUUUGUCCCUGGAUGACCUCUUCCACGGUUGCACUAAAAAAAUCAAGAUUUCUCGAAGGGUCGGUCGGUUCGGGACGCACGUUCAUCUAGCUGUUGUUAUAAGUUCAAAAGAAACACUGACAUUGCGAUGCCACUCCCAGGUUAUGAACGACGAUGGCUACACGUCGGGUAUUAAGGAUAAGAUUCUGUCUAUCGAUGUAAAACCCGGAUGGAAAGAAGGCACGAAGGUGAUUUUCUCCAAAGAGGGCGAUCAGGGCCCGAACAAGAUCCCCGCAGAUAUCGUGUUCGUAGUGCGACAGAAGAUUCACCCCCAGUUCAAAAGGCAAAACAACGACUUGAUCUACAAGGCCCAGAUUUCACUGGCAAUGGUGAGCCAUGCUCAGAGGCAGGAACGAAAACGCGAGCGGCAACUUCUUCUCUUUGCCCAACAGGCCUUGACGGGCUGUUCUGUCAACGUGGAAACGCUCGAUGGCAGACUCCUCAACGUUCCCAUCAACGACAUUGUGCACUUCACCUACCAAAAAGUGGUGACUGGCGAGGGGAUGCCGCUCUCCCACAAUCCUUUGCAGCGAGGAAACCUCAUCCUUAUUUUUGGCAUCCAGUUUCCUGAGAGGCUCUCCCCGGACAGGAAGGAUCUCAUCAAACAAGCUCUACUUUUUAAAAAUUGAUCACAUUUGGCCCCUUUUUUUUUUUGGCCAUCACGGAGCAAAGAAGAGAAAUGGUGGCGGGGCGCCAGAGCCUAUCCCAGCCGGCUUCGGGCCAAAGGCGGACUACACCCUGAACUGGUCGCCAGUCGGUCGCAGGGCACAUCGAGACACGGACAACCAUUCGCACUCACAUGCGCACCGCCGCUGAGUGGGAACUGAACCCACGCUGCCCGCACCAAAGUCAGGCGAGUGCACCGCUACACCAUCGGCGACCAGACACACAGAUAACUGCACUGGAGGCUCGGCCCCUCUCGCGGCUUCUCAUUCUACGCCGAAGAUCAAGAAUAUAUGCCUGCGGGUAUUGUCACACGGUCUGUCCACCUUGCGCUCGAAGUACUUGGUCGGGUGGUACGUACGAUCUCAAGGCAUCGCUUUCAGAAUACAGAACAGGUCAGUAGUUACCCUUUGUAAAAGGCCGCGGGCCCUUCGUUCUUCAUCAUGGUGAGAGCGCAGCCGACGGCGCCGCCGUACCGGUUGGCGCCCGAAUUCAUGAAGCGCGUUUUGACCACGUCCACGGGCGACGCCACCAUCGUGGUGCAGAAGCCCGCGCCGAAGGCAGCUGUGAAAUGGCACGGCAGGUUGUCUGCAAGGCAGCCAAAGCCAUUAGCGGCCCGCGGAUGACGCGGUAAUUAGCUGCUUAGCAUUAGCCCCAUUCAAUACACUGCAUGUCGAGUAAACGUUUGUUUCCAAACCACAAAUUGUCAUCUACAGACGCACGUUUGUGUAUAAAAACGUAACCAUUUCAAUACAAACGUCAGUGGCUUUCGAGAAAGGCUUAAAAGUAACAAUAAACAAAAAAAAGAGCACGGAGCAGUUUGGCUUCUGCUUGUCCGCACGGCGGCGCUCUUGUAAAAACCAAAACUAAAUUGUACUCGAGCUCUUCCUGCUUCUGAUGAGCUCACCUGUCAUGAAGUUAUACUUCAGGAUGACCUCCUUGAUGACGUCAUAGGUCACCAGCUCCGCACAGUUGACGAUGGCGUUACGGGCGAUGUUGGGCACGCACCCUGCAAGAAAGCAAACUGGAUGCCGACUCGGGAAGCCGCGGAAA